AUGCAGUACCUUCGAUCUGGAUCCGCCGUGAUAGCGGCUCUCUUUGUCGCUCUGGGCGAUGCUGUCCCCGUCACCGACUCUCCUGAGGCCGGUUCGACGACUGCAGAUGUUUUCCCUCCACCAAGCACCACUGUCAAUGCUGAGCUGUUCCCGCCCGAGUCUGUCGUGGGCUAUCCCGGCACGACCAUUACGGGGGCUGAACCAGCUGCUGCUGAGACCGCGCCGGCCUAUCCUUACAACAACGGGUCGACCAACGAGUUCCCCUUGAUCUCGCCUGCGCCUUUUGGGGAGAACCCCGCGACGUCCAACUUCGACCUCAAGAGAUACUGGGGCAAUCUCUCUCCCUGGUACUCCGUCUCUUCAGCAGACUAUGGCCUGCCCGAGACCAGCCCUCUGAUCCCUGCCGGCUGUGACAUUGUCCAAUUGCAUCUCCUGUACCGUCACGGUGCACGAUAUCCCACCAGCGGUGCUGCACCCGCAUCCUUCGCCGCCAAGAUCCACAACGCCACCGAGACGGGCUUCACGGCCACGGGCAACCUCAGCUUUCUCGCCGACUGGACCUACAAGCUGGGCGCCGAGUACCUCAUCCCCUUUGGCCGCACCCAGAACUUCCUGCUCGGCGUCGAGUACCGUCAGCUGUACGGCAAGCUCCUGAACAACUUCACUGAGCAGGGCACCAUCCCCGUCUUCCGCACCGAGUCGCAGGAUCGCAUGGUCAAGACGGCCAACAACUUUGCCGCUGGCUUCUUUGGCGUGCCUGAGUAUUUGGACGAGGUCAACAUCGAGAUCCUCGUGGAGAGUCUGGGUUUCAACAACAGCGGGGCGCCUUACGAAACGUGCACGAAUGCCGAUGUCUCGUCUCGAGGAUCGAUCGGCAGCACUGUCGCUACUGCUUUUGCUAAUAAUGCCUUCAAUGAGUCCAUCGCUCGGCUGAACACUGAGGUUGAGGGUAUCACUUUCACGCCCACCGAUGCCAUUGCCAUGCUGCAGCUUUGCUCCUACGAGACAGUCGCUCUGGGCUACUCAGCUUUCUGUGAUCUGUUCACUGAGCAAGAUUAUCUGAAUCUCGAGUAUUAUUAUGACUUGGAAUUCUACUACAACAACGGCCCCGGCUCCCCCGUCUCCGCCGCCCAGGGCAAAGGUUACCUGCAGGAGUUCGUCGCCCGUUUCACUGGCACCUACCCGCCCGCCAACUCUGCUCUCAACGUCACCUACGACGAUAGCCCCACCUACUUCCCCCUGAACCAGUCCCUGUACGCCGACGCCACGCACGAGGUUGUCGUCCUCGACACCCUGACUGCCUUCAACCUGACGCCCCUCUUCAAUGGCGCACCGCUCUCCCUGACGGAGAACACGCACUCCAACAGCUUUAUCGCGAGCAAGAUUGUGCCGUUUGCUACGCACUUUACGGUGCAGGUGCUUGAGUGCCCGGCAUACCAGCCUACUAAGCAGAUACGUUUCAUUGUCAAUGACGCCGUCAUCUCUCUCAACGGCACCUACGCAGGCUGCUCGUACGAUGCGGACGGUCUCUGCUCGUUUGACAAUGUGGUUUCUGUUCUGCAGCAGCGUAUUGAUGAGAUCGACUAUGAUUAUGACUGCUUUGCCAACUACACUGCAGAAGCGGGCAUUAACUAUAAUGGUCGGGCUCCCAAAUAGACAGGCUGGCAUGAACGUUGGUGAUGAUAAUGUCUACAUCACAAUCAAGCUGAUUUUUUAAUCAAGAAUCAAAUGAACAAUUAAUUGCUUCUGACACU